UCGCUGACAUUAUAUACGUAUCUUGAAAAGCGUUAAGAAUACAAUAACGAGCCGAGUAGCAUUUAGAUACUCCACCGUACUCCCGGAAUACCUCUCAGUCCGUUCUCCAACCGGAAAUACAAAAGCUGAAAAGAUUCUGGCGUUGCUCCAACAUCGUCCGAACCGAUGUGGCUCUCUGAUUCUGUUUGCGGAACAGGCAAAUGGUGCAGUGGGCAGACAAAAGUUUUCGGCGAUUAUUCCUUUAGCACAUCUCGUACGGACCGUUGAUUUUCGUAGGCAAGAACGCUGUGAUUUGAGGUAGAAAACCGGCAAAAGGAAGUGUGUCACAAAAUGAGAAAUCCGUAUAUAUCCCCACAGAGUAUAAAGGAGGCGAUGUAAACGUUGUGGAGAAAGUACAUGUUGAAUAUGCAAACAAAAUUAUAUUAUAUAUAAAUGACUGCGUGUUAUGAAUCUCCAGAGGUGAUCAUUGUCUUGAGCAAGGAAGAGAUUCAUAAAAGAUAUCAAGAUACCGCGAUGAUUAUAUUUAAAGAGCAACAAAGUAAAAAGAAAGAAAUUGUGAGCUACCUUAGUUUUGGAAACAGUCGCAGAACAAUGGAAUAUAGUAACAACGGAAAUCACCCCGUUAUCAUACGUAAAUCAGAGUCUACGAUUAUGCAGAAUUCUCAUUUAUCCUCGCGAACGUCGAUAGAAUAUCACAAACUAGAUGAAAGAUGCGCGAUAACUUAACGAGUAAAG